AUAUAUUCUAUUGAAGAUGGAAAAGAUGGUGAAUGCUUGCCAUUUAUGUUGUGUGAUUCCAUGGAGCUGGAUGAGAAAGAGGGAUCAGGACUAUAUAUGGAUGACAUUCCCUACAUCUUAAAAGGCUGCAUGCCAGACAGCUAUCAUUUUAGUCCCCAGCAACCAAUUACAUCCAGGCACCUCAGCUUCAUCGUCUCCCCAUCACGGAAGGACAGGAUUCACUGUGUGGCUUAUGUCUUAGAUAGUAACUCUAUGAACAUUCUGUCCUCCGAAAUGGUGGCAAAGUUCAAAUAAAUUAAAAAAGAAGUAUUAAAUUGUAUUUCCAGAGGUAUACCACAGAUAGCCUUGCUUACUAAAGUGACAAAUUAUCAUGAAGUUCUUCAAGAUAACUUUUUAAACAUGAAAAAAUGUAUAACUUCUGAAAGCAAGAUAAUGAAAGUCCAAGAAAUGCUACACAUUCCUACUUCUAAUAUUUUGAUGGUUGAAAAUUAUGCUUCAGAAUUAGAGCUGGAACCUUGAAAGGACGUUCUGAUCCCUUCUGCUCUGAGGCAGAUGUUACGGGCUAUAGAUGACUACUUAGAGGAUUUGCCCCUUGAGGAGACAAAUGAAGUUGUGGGAAUGUCCCAGCUUUGUAUGUGUGAUUAG